ACACUAUGACAGGACUUGCUCUGGACUACAUCCUCCAUAUAAACUUUCAAUCCAAAGUGGGAAUGCGAGCAGACUCCCAAAAAAUUGCUGUCUUGAUCACUGAUGGAAAAUCCCAGGAUGACAUAUUCCUUCCCUCACAGAACCUGAAGAACGCUGGAAUCGAGAUCUACGCUAUUGGAGUAAAGAAUGCUGACAAGAAUCAGCUGAGAUCCAUCGCCUCCGAUCCUGAUGAAAUUCACAUGUACAUUGUAAAGGACUUCUCAUCUCUAAAGGACAUCGUUGACGGCUUCACCAUCAACAUCUGUAACAGCGCUAAUAGCUUAGUGUUUGCCAGGCUGGUGAAUGGGACUGGUCUGUGUUCAGGACGACUGGAGGUGAAGUCUAACCAGUCUAACCAGUCGUGGUCCUCAGUGUGUGAAGAUGACUUUGACCAGCAGGAUGCAGAGGUGGUCUGUAGGAGCUGGGCUGUGGGGCUCCUUCAGUCCUCCAGGGGGCGCUCUAUGGAGAACUGGAGGCUCCAAUGUGGACCAAAGAGUUCCAGUGUGGAGGUAACGAGUCUGCUCUCCUGGACUGUAGAAGCUCAGACUCUGAUAAUAACACCUGCUCAUCUGGCAAAGCUGUUGGACUCACCUGCUCAGACCCUGUCAGGUUGGUGGGAGGAUCCAGUCGCUGUAGUGGAACGCUGGAGGUGAAACGAGGAGACUGGAGACCAGUGGAUGGCUCUGACUGGACUCUGAGGUCAGCAGCUAUAGCCUGUGAAGACU